UCACAUGCAUAAAGGGAUGAGUGUGUUUAAGGAUGUUGACAGAGCCGUGCGCUUGCACAUUUUCACCUCCCUUCCCCCAGCUCCUUUUUUUCUAAUGAUCAGAACAGCAGAGCACAAAAGAGGUAGCCGCACAGCAUCAUCGCUGUACGUGCAAAGAGACUGAAAAUAUUCGAGGAGUAGGACUGCACCGUUUUUCCUAGCUCCACAUUGCAUCACGUCUGAGUCCGUGUUUGAUAACAGACAGGCUGGUAACCAUCUUAGGAAUUUAAAUUGUGCAUGGGGAAAUGCCUAAAGCCAUGGCCAAACUGUGAGAGAUCAUCUGUGCUGCAGGAAAUACAGAUUCUGCAAAUCAAAGAGAAGCAAAGGAGUGGCAAAACACAGGAGGAGGAACAGACUAGAAUGGCAGGGGCUAUAAAAAGACACAACAGCAAAACACACAGCAUCUAUCUACAACAGGACUAACGAACAGCAGCCGGCUCACGCGGUCCAAGCGAAAGGUUUUCACAUAUCUGGGCUCGACGUUUACUCCAAAAGGCUUGGCAAAUCCAACGAACUCAAAGAGAUCAUGCGAUGGAGGUGGAGGCACAGGCACAGAUACUGCAGCGUCAUCCUUUUCCUCAUUGCGCUCGUGUUUGCGGGAGGCUUCGUUUUUCACGGUCACUGGCCCAGUCAAAACAGCCAGGAGAUGUCUGCUGCUCAAGAGUCCCAAACCAUGAAAACCAUCUCCAACUUCACCUUGAUGAAUCUAAUCAAGUUGAAGGAGCUCAAAGAGUCCCCUACACCAGGAACCUCAAAUGAAGAUGAUGCAAUUUUGCAGCAGGAGUUGGAAAACUUCUUGAACAUCAGUUCGAACGAAGAGAUGACAGUGGCGAAGAUACUUAAAGACGAGCCUUACAAGUACAUCCGUAACGAGCCGCACGCAUGUCUGCUGCGAGCUCCUUUCUUAGUGCUUUUGAUUGCAGUUGAGCCCAAAAAAACGGACGCCAGGGACGCCAUCAGGAAAACGUGGGCUAAUGACAAUGUGGCUGGGGGUUUGGGUUUCGUCCGGCUUUUUCUCCUAGGUGUAAAUCGAGACACCCAAAGAAAUGGCAGCGAACUGCAGCACACAAUAGAAGAAGAAAGUCAUCGCUAUCAUGAUAUCAUCCAGCAAGAUUACAGGGAUGUUUACAACAACCUCACCCUGAAAACGCUGAUGGGGAUGUACUGGAUCACAAAGUAUUGUCCCGAGGCCAAAUACGUUAUGAAGACAGACAGUGACAUGUUUGUCAACACCGAACACCUCAUAGAAAAACUUUUAAAGCCCAAAGGGGAACUCACACAGAAGUAUUUCACAGGACUUCACAUGUCAGGCUACUCCCCAAACCGAAACAAAGAGAGUAAAUGGUAUAUGCCCCCAGAAGUGUACCCUGGCAGGCGAUACCCCACCUUUUGUUCUGGGACUGGAUACGUCUUCUCAGGUGAUGUGGCUCAAAGAAUAUAUGUGGUAUCUCUGACCAUACCCAGACUGCAUUUAGAAGAUGUUUACGUGGGUUUAUGUCUAGCUAAAUUAAAGAUAGAGCCAGCUCCGCCACCAAAUAACCUGCUGUUCAAUCACUGGCGAGUGCCCUACUCCAGCUGUAGGUACAGGAACCUGAUCACCUCUCAUGGGCUUCACCCCAAUGAGCUGAUUCAGUACUGGCAGCACCUGCAGAGCAACAAGCACAAUCCCUGCCAAAUGUCAGGGUAGAAAGUUCAAUGAACAGAUUUCAUCUGCUUUGGAGACAAACUUUUUACGUUUUUUGGGAGACUCUGUCAAAUGUAACCGAUUAAAGUGUGUUCUAAGGGUUCUGGACAACCCUACCUAUGUUUUCUGAUUACCAUUUCAUCAUUACUGUAAUUACUUAAUGACCUUCACAAGCCUGACUAAUUAAAUUUGUAUAAAGUAUUCAGUUGUAGGGCUGUCAAACGGUACCGUCCAUUUCUCACUCACAUUUGAGCGCUGUCGAACCGAGCGCUCACAAAUAAGCACAACGGAAGCGUGCAGAUGUAUUAGGGAUCCGCUGACACACGUGGCUUUCAAAUGCUCCCAUUGUGCUUAUUUGUGAGCGCUCGGUGAGGAGCGUGAAGCGCUUAUCAUCGGAGCCAAUCACAGUCAUGUCUGUUGAGCGCAUGAACACUAUGGCCAAUCAGCGAUGUUUAAAAAUCGGCUCAACAGCGCUCAAAUGUGAGCGGGAAAUAGACGUUUUUAUAAUUUCUGAACCGAAAAUACCGAACCUGGUACCGUUUGACAGCCCUAUUCAGUUGUGGUUUAAAUAUUUUUGGAUUAAUCUUAUAGGAUUGUAAAUAAACAGAUAAAGGUCUUCAAGUAGGGAUGCGCAGUAUGCCGGUACUGGAAAAUAUAUAUUAUAGUAUAUUAUUAUAUUAUAUUAUUAUAUUACAAACAGUUCGAUAUCAUCAUUUUGCACAGUCUGGUAUUUCAUGCGCUGCUGUUCCAAAGUUCACCUGUAGGCGGCAAUACUUCCCAAAUUGCUGCGAAAUCGGUAAAUGUGACAACAGAACAAUACAAUGGAUCAUCAAACGGAUGAAAUCCAUCAACGCGCCCGAAACUAAUAAAUAAAGACAACAGCAGAAGUGAAAUAUGGUAUUAUUUUGAAAACAAAACAGAUGAUAAAGGUGAACGAACUGACCUGCAUGCAAGCGCUGCUAUAAAUCGUACACAGGCAAUACAUCAAAUCUUGCCAAGCGUUUGAUCUUUUACGCAAAUUUAGAGAUCGACAGGCGAGUGCAUCAUUCAUGAGUUUUACAUUAACUUUUAUUCACAGAGGCCGACAGUAGUGAAGUAUUUUUACUUUACUUAAGUAAAUUUAAAGGAGAACUCCACUUCCAGAACAACAAUUUACAAAUAAUUUACUCACCCCCUUGUCAUCCAAGAUGCUCAUGUCUUUCUGUCUUCAGUCUAGGGAUGUAACGACUACCGGUUUGACAAUAAAUCAUGAUAAAAUUCCCCACGGUUAGUAUUACUGUUUCGUAUUUUAAUCAUCAUUAAAACAGUAUUUGAUUACCGUGAUUUGAACAACUAAUGAUAAAUAAAUACUGUACAGCAUAAAGCACAGUUUUAAGUAACAGUCUCACUUGUGCGCACAGUUUUGUGUGGAAAGAUGGCGGAUGUUUUAAAGGGUGCUAAGGGCAUAGGCGCCAAUCCCCACGGAAAAACACGAGAUAGUCUCCGUUCAUUUUAAGCAAUAAAAAAAAAAAAAAAAUACAUUGCAACUUAUGACUUCAUUCUCGUUUUCAUAGUUCAUUUGAAGCCGUUUCUGGCGUUAUUUUAAUGGUAAAUGUCAAGA